AUGGAGCUUGGGGACCGAAUGCUCCGGGCCCUCCUGUCUGGCCUGGGAAGGAAGGGAGGCACCAGGGGCUGGGCCUUCAGCUCAUGGCAACCCUAUCUGCCCCUGGCUGGGUUGUUGAGUGCCACAGAGGUGGUCAGCCACUGGACUGCAGUCUUUGAGAAGAGGGGCAUCCCUGAGGCCCAGGCAUCCAGUGAGUACAUCGUGGCUCAUGUCCUUGGAGCCAAAACAUUUCAGAGCCUGAGACCAGUACUUCGGACCCAGCCCCUGAGUCCUUGGCAGCUACAGCAUGUGCAGAAGCUGAGUAGCUGCCGAUUGCAAAGGAUGCCUGUGCAGUACAUCCUUGGGGAGUGGGACUUUCAAGGGCUCAGUCUGAAGAUGGCCCCCCCAGUGUUCAUCCCUCGCCCGGAAACUGAGGAGCUGGUUGAAUGGGUGCUGAAAGAAGUGACCCAGAGUUCCUGUCCAAUGGGAGCCCAAGGUGGCCCCCUCAUCUUGGAAGUGGGCUGCGGAUCGGGAGCCAUCUCCCUCAGCCUGCUGAGUCAGCUUCCCCAGAGUCGAGUCAUUGCUGUGGAUAAAGGAGAAGCUGCCAUCUGCCUGACCCAGGAGAAUGCUCAGAGGCUUCAGUUGCUGGACAGAAUUCAGAUCGUUCCCCUGGAUGUGACUUUAGAGGGGAGCUGGUCACACCUCCUGCCCUGGGGCCCCAUGGACCUGGUCGUCAGCAACCCUCCCUACAUCUUCCACCAAGACAUGGAGCAGCUGGCCCCUGAGAUCCGCAGCUAUGAAGACCCAGUAGCCCUGGAUGGUGGGGAGGAGGGCAUGGACAUCAUUACCCACAUCUUGGCCCUGGCACCUUGGCUUCUGAAGGACUCUGGGAGCAUCUUCUUAGAAGUGGACCCAAGACAUCCAGAGCUUGUUGGCAGCUGGCUUCAGAGCCGGCCUGACCUGUCCCUUGAUCUCGUGGCUGUGCGCAAGGAUUUCUGUGGGAGGCCUAGGUUCCUGCAUAUCCGGAGGUCUGGGCCACAGUGUGGCUGCCUUAUGGAAGCCUGA